GGCAAUUAAUUUACCCUCCCUCAUAUGGAAAAACCGAAGACUCGUAUCAUGAUUUGUGGGAUAGUAUUAUUAAAAACACUUUAGAGUUAUUUGGAAUGCAUAGCACUAGUUUACCAACUUUGGAAUUUGAUCGCAAUACUAACAAACGAACCUCAACAGGUCGCAAUCGUCCAGACAUGGUUGUAUUAGUGAGAAACGUUUGUCCUUUUCGAGGUGAAGAAAAGUCCCGGGAAGAAGCAGGAGAUCCUUCAAGUGAAUUAGUUGAUAAGAUCAAAGAUUGGACCUAUGGAGAUGCACCAUAUAUUUUUGCAUACUAUGCUAUUGGCGCUCAAGUCACAUUUGUUGCUUUGUAUAAGCCUGAAAAUAAGAAGAGAAAACUGAACAUUUGCUCUGAACGAAUUGCGGAGUUUGAUUUAGGGCGUUUGUCAGAUAGAAUUCGCAUUAUGAAUUUCCUUCGAAAUAUUUGUCGUAUAUUACCUAUUAUAGUGAAUUUAUGCCCUACUAGGGAUUCACCAGAAUUUCAAACAAUGAUUCGACCAAAUGGAACUAUUAUCGAACUUGGGUAUGCGAUUAAGAAAAAAUUUGCAGACGAAGAACAA